CCACACACAGCCUUGCUGUGGUCCUCUCAUCUCCCUUAGUCUGGAUUACCAAGCCCUGUGUUUAAAGUAGCAUGUUCUCGGAACCAGAAGAUCUGCGGUUUGCAGCUGACGCCAAAGUAUUCGCGAUUUAGAAUCUGAUCGUUUACUUCAGGAAAUGCACUUCAACCAGAUAAAUAAAUAUUGAUUUAAUGGCUCUCUUGAAGAUGCACUGGACACCAGAGCAUGCCCAGCCCCUUAACCAGUGGCCAGAACAGCACCUUGAUGUUUCUUCUACAACUUCCUCUCCAGCUCACAAAUCAGACCUUUUCCAUAGUAGCCGGCAGAGAUUAAACUAUGCCUGGGCAAAUGAUGAUAUUUCAGCACUGACUGCUUCAAAUCUUUUAAAACGAUACGCAGAGAAAUACUCUGGGGUCCUGGACUCGCCAUAUGAGCGAUCCACACUAAAUACAUACACAGAUGGAGCUUUUGGGCCUGUUAAUGGACAAAAGGGUGACAUUGAGCCUUGGCAGAUAUCACAUGGGUCUGAUAGUUCCUAUGCAGUUAAUGCCUUACAUGAUAGUUUGUCUGGCUCCAAACCAGGCAAUGGACCUAUUGGACUGGGAAGCCCCACAGUAGCAUCUGGCAGCCUUCCUGAUCCUAUUUAUCCAGGUGGUACAUGUGGUGGCGGCAACCCAGCAAGUGGUCUUGUAACACCUCAAGAUUAUACCUCAACCUAUAGUGGCACCUAUCUACCAUCAGGGUAUUGUGGUCAACCCGCCUCAGCACUUCCCCCUACCCACCCAUCAUCUCUGCAUGGGUCAGGACUUCAGCCACCUCAUGCUUCACCAGCUCUGGUUCACGGUUAUAGUUCUUCAGGCACAAUAUACAAUUACACUUCAAGUAGUUAUCCUGCUCAGCCUGUAUAUGGAGGAAUGCACCCAUCCCACCCUUCAGGAUAUCUGUCUUCAGGUAUUGCUGCACCCACACCUCUUCCACCCCAUACUACAUCAUCAAGGCCUCCUGUGGUCCCUGGAUACACUUACCAAAGUUCAAGCUUACCACCAAUUCCAGUGACUCAGCUAAGCACAGAGUCAGGUGGUACCUUAAAAAGGAAAGCUUUUGACUUGGCAGCAGCAGAGGAAAGUGAAGGCAGGUAUAGAAAAUACAGCUAUGAACAACCAAAGUCUACCUCUGAUUCUUCGUUUCAGAUGUCUGAUAGUGCUCCAAAUGAAUGUCGAGGCAAUGGGUUCAGCCGUAGUGCAGACACUCCGCAGGUCCCCUUUAAAACUGGAAAACGUCAGACAGAAGAAGAGCAAGGAGGAAAAUAUAAUAGCCAAUCAAUGAAAGCAUUGGUCUCUCCAACCUAUCCCGAUGAAGGGCCACUGAGAUCAAGUGAAACAUUUGGUAAGUUCCCUCCCCCAGUAAUUAAUGGUGAGAGGAGAGGCAAUGAGCAGGCACAUGUUUUUGCACAAAGAAUACAGAUUUCAGGUAUGAAACCACCAAUAUUUUGUAGCCCAUCUGAAGAGCAAUUAAAAAGUAUGGACCCUCUUGUACUGGAACUUGUUAAUAAUGAAAUUGUUGACUGUGGCCCUCCUGUACAGUGGACUGACAUAGCUGGCCAAGUGUCUGUGAAGGCUGUUAUUGAAGAAGAAUUAGUAUGGCCUAUCUUAAGACCUGGUGCAUAUACAGGAGCUAACAGACCGCCAAAAAGCAUUUUACUAUUUGGCCCUACAGGAACAGGGAAAACUCUGUUGAGCAGGUGCAUUGCAACUCAGCUGGGCUCAACACUUCUGAAGCUCAGCAGCACUGUACUCCUCUCCAAGUGGAAGAGCGAGAGUGAAAAAAUCUUACAAACUGUGUUGUUCAUGGCAAGCUGUCAUCAGCCUGCUGUGGUUUUUAUCAGUGAGAUAGAACUGCUCCUCUCUGUUCACAUAAAUGAGGAAAACACUCAGUUAAACAAUCUUAAAUCUCAACUGCUUUCCUUUUUGGAUAAUAUAGCUACCUCUUCCGAUGAUAACAUAAUUUUUAUUGGAACCUCACAAAGGCCUGAUGAUCUUGAUGAAGCAGCUCACCGUAGAUUUGCCAAGCGAUUUUACAUUUCUCCACCCGAUAAUCUAGCUCGGAGGCAAAUACUCCAUCACACUUUGGCUCAACAAAACUACUGCCUUAGUGAAAGAGAAAUGGCCUUGUUGGUCCAGCACACAGAGGGUUAUUCAGGCAGUGAGCUGAUUCAACUUUGUCAACAGGCUGGGGCCAAUCAUCUCCAUGGCAUUGCUGGGCAGAUGCAGCCAACAUCCUACAAAGACUUUGAGGGGGCAUUCUGCAAACUUCAGGCCAGUACCUCUGAAAAGCAAUUGGACUUGUAUGUGAAAUGGAAUAAACUGUAUGGUUCUAGACACUAACAAUGGAAUGUUCAAUGGAUCACUAUGUUGACACUACACUGGCGUUGUUUUUGUUGUGAUGCGUGUUGCGUCUUCAGCUUGGGUGAAGACAUUGAAGAAAAAAAGAUUUCCUUUAUUUUCUUCACAAAACCUCUAUGUGAUCAUUAGGUGACAAUAGAGGGGCAUUUAUUUUCAUGUGUGUAUAUAUAAACAUAUCUGUAUAGAUAAAUCCGCUCCAUUGAAUGUUACAGAAGC